AUGCAGAUGACUCCUGAAGAUGAUAUCGUCGACUUGGAAGCUCAAGCUAGGAAUAGGGUCAUCAACGAGGAAUACAAAGUUUGGAAGAAAAAUACACCAUUUUUAUAUGAUACAGUCAUCACACAUGCUCUUACUUGGCCAAGUUUGACAUGUCAAUGGUUACCUGAUAUGGAGACUCCAAAAGAUGCAGAUUACACAAUCCAUAGGAUCAUACUUGGCACACACACAUCUGGUCAGACCCCAAAUCAUUUGAUGAUAGCAGAGGUCUUGUUACCUAAAGUUUCGGUGGAGAAGACGAGAGAAGAAGUGGCUGAUAUGUAUGAUGAAGAAAGGCAAGAACUAGGAUCACACACUAAAUCACCCGUACGAGUCAGAGUCAAACAGACUAUCCACCACGAUGGAGAAGUCAACAAAGCACGUUACAUGCCACAAAACCCAGAUUUGAUAGCUACCAAAACUCCCAAAGGCGAAGUGUACAUUUUCGAUCGGACAAAACACGAAAGCAAGGCUCCGGUAGGGGGAGAAUGUAAACCUGAUAUCCGAUUGAAAGGAAUGUCGAAAGAGGGAUUCGGGUUAAGUUGGAGUCCAAUGGCUGAGGGACAUAUUUUGAGUUCGGGAGAGGAUGGGUUUGUAGCUCAUUGGGAUAUCCAAGCGUAUGACAAAAAAGAUCCUUCACUUCAACCUCUGAGGAAAUAUACCGGUCAUUCUUCCAAUGUCAGUGCCGUAGACUGGCAUCCAUUCAACGGGAAUCUCUUUGGUUCAGUAGGGGAUGAUUGUCACUUCAUGCUCUGGGACACAAGAAGUGAAAUAACUUCAAAACCUAGUCAGAAGGUUGAAGCACAUGCGGAAGAUGUCAAUUGUCUUGCUUUCGCACCUAGCAGUGAACAUCUCGUAUUGACUGGGUCUAACGAUAAGACUAUCGCACUAUGGGAUCUACGAAAACUCGGUCAAAAACUUCAUUCCUUCGAAGCUCAUAAAGGUGCAGUCACAGAAGUAGUUUGGUCACCUCAUUCCGCCAUUCAUUUCGCUUCCGCCUCGGCAGAUCGUCGUGUACAUAUUUGGAAUAUGGAUGCUAUAGGUGAAGAACAAACUCCAGAUGAUGCUGAAGAUGGACCUCCUGAAUUAUUAUUCGUACAUGGUGGACAUACUUCUAAACCUGGUGAUAUAAGUUGGAGUUCUUCAGCUAGAUGGCAUAUAGCAACUACUACAGAAGAUAAUAUACUUCAGAUUUGGGAACCUAGUAGACAUAUUCGUACUCCUGCGGAUGGUGUGAUAGAUGCUAUGGAAUUGGAGUAG